CACAGGGAGGUAGGUAUACCUGGCCAGGUGCGAGCGCGCCUCAUACCCGACAGCGGAGCAGCAUUGUACCAAGUGUGAUGGGCUUGCGCUGUGGAGCUAUGGCGCUCACGUUGACUGUCGUCGUUGUCGUCGUUCUUAUGGCCGUGUCUGUUGAAGGUUACGGUGGUCGCCGCCGCGUCGUUAACCAUAUUUGCCGAUACACGGAGACCAAGGUAGACAACUGUACCCGGACCGUCUAUUACCCCUGCCCGGAUGAAGACAGUCAGGAAGACAGUCAGGAAGACAGCACCGACGCGCCGGAAGAUGAGCACGAGGAUGGCGCGUUGUCAAGGCGACGGCGCUCGUCCGACUACUAUGCCAACUUCUGGAGAUUCCGAUACCGACGUAGGUACUCUAACGUGAAGUGGUGUGAGAAGGAGGAGACGUACACCUGCAUCAUGUUCCGCUGCUACAUCGCCUGCUGCCCCGGAUGGAAGGUGGACGAAGACUUGGGGACCUGUUCCAUCCGUGAGGACCCUAAACCCGCCAUCGAGUGUAUGAACGGAGGAACGGCCGUGCAGGGCGACUCGGGCCCAAAAUGUGAAUGUCCCUCCAUGUACACCGGCACAAGAUGCGAGGAAGUUCGGUGUGAGCUCGAGUGUAUGAACGACGGCAUGUGCAGUGUCUUCGAGGGACGUCCACGCUGUGUGUGUUCAGAUGACUUCAAUGGAACCCGCUGCGAGAACCCUGUCUGUGAAAACGGUUGUGGAAGUUACGGGUAUUGCGCUGCUGAGGAGGGGGAAGCCAGAUGUCACUGUAUCCAUGGUUACAUGGGGAGGAAUUGUGAGCGACGUGUCCCCGAGCCAGAGAAGGAAGGCGAUUGUCCGCCCUUGACUCCAACUUCCGUCGGUACAUGCGCAGAGACAUGUGAAGUGGACUCGGAAUGUCCCGGGAAGCAGAAGUGCUGCAGUAACGGAUGCGGCCACAUGUGUGCCCACCCGGCCAACUACACCUGCCCCUAUCUUGGACACAACUACAAGAUCGGCGACAUUUUCAACCCUACGCCAUGCGACGUGUGCACGUGCGUGACCCCUGACCCCAGCAAGGAAUAUGGCGGUGCCAAAUGUCAGCGUCCGAUUUGUCCCCCCGUCGAGAACUGCAAAGAAAUCAAACAGGAUGAAACCAGAUGUUGCGAGUACUGCGCAGAUCCACUGGUAACAGAAGCGCCUGAAGUGGAUAAUGAUCCACCGGUAACAGAAGCGCCUGAAGUGGAUCAUGAUCAACCGGUAACAGAAGCGCCUGAAGUGUAUAAUGAGCCCCGCUUCCUCAACUGCCCCGUGGUGCUCGUCACAAUCGAUGUCGCUCACGACAAGAACGAGGCACGGUUGCCGCCCCUGAUGUUGCACGCACGUGAUCACAAGGGCGCGGUCCUCGCUGUCCUACUGCCCAAAACAGUGUUCACGGCAGGCAUUGGCGGGCAGAACUACGAUAUUGUCAUCGCUACCUCAUCCCGGGACGCUAGGGGAAAUUUCGCUCUUUGCAAGUUCCAUGUCAGAAUCCGAGACGUCCACGCGCCCAACUUCACCUUCUGCCCGACGGACGUCUACCUGCCCAAGGAGGGACAGGCCACGUGGGAAAUGCCCCAGGCAGAGGAUAACGUGGGGCUCGUCCGUCCCCCCAUCUCCCGCCAUAAGUCCGGAGACUACUUCAAGAAGGGAGAUCACCCUGUUGUCUAUAUCUCCGAAGACUACGAAGGGAACAUCGCCCGCUGCCACUUCUUUGUCAAGGUCCCAGAAAGCGCCGCGCUCAUUAACAAAAACCAUGACAGUUAUACCAAGGACAAAGCCCUCAUGUUUAUCGGAAGUGGCAUCGCAUUCCUCCUCCUCGUCGUUGUCAUCAUCAUCAUUGCCGUGCUGUGUCGUCGCCACCGUCGCCGGGAGCCUCAAGCCACACCACCUCCCCCAGCUUACGAGAACGCCAUCUACUCACUAACGGGAGUGCCCAUGCCCCCAGCCUACAAGGAGAAGCCCCCAGUGUACGAGAACGAGGUCAUCCCGGAGAAGAAGGAGGAAGCUAUGGGAGAGGAAGACAAAUCCCCCUUGGAUGCCGACGACGUGGACGUCAAACUCGGCAUCGACAACCCGACUUACCGGAUUUAGGGGACACAACUCGGGCAAGACUGAGAUGGCUUGUCUCCCUUUGUACACCGACACUGAUAAAUGGAGACGAAACCCAGCUCAGAUAAUACACCCUGACGCUAUCCUUCUUUUCGCUCAUUUUCAGUUUGAUAUUAAAAUGCUCAGAGUAUAGCGAGCUGGGCCCCGUUCCACAAAGCCAUCUUGUCUCUAAGGUGAUCAUAACUCUCAUACUUUCACACUGGCUUAAGAUAAGUAAGACGCUAAGAUCACUUUGUGGAACGGUGCCCUGGACCGCUGGAUCUUGUAAAUACCACUUGCCAUGCUACUUUAAGGACUGGUCAUGUAUUAUUAGGGGGGGGGGGGGGGGGGGGGUGAGGUGAUUGGACUGCAUCAUCUAUUGGUGACACACCCAACUUAUUUAACCUUUUUUUAUUUGUCCCACUUUCACUAUGUUAUGUUUUUUAUGACCACCCCUUAAUUUCAACCCCCGUAAAAUUUAUGAUCAGUCCGUUACUAUGCUACUACUAUGCUGUGUUUUUGUAUAUCAUCGCUCACUAAUAUAAUUAUCCAUGUACAAUUGCUACUUACAUAAUUGAGGCUUUCUGAAAUGUAUCCGAUUCGUCAUUUAUGAGAAUUCCAGGAAACAUACAUGUGCGUCACCAGGUGUGUCAAGGCUCCCCUAUGAAUCGUUGUAUCGCAAUUUGUAUUAAACCUUGCGAUUCGAAACACCAUGCAUUUAUUGAUGUUUGUUUCUUUAAUUCUGAAUUUCAAGAAAUACUGUUUUCGAAGUUUUACGAUAACUCCGCCUGAUGGUAAGGAUGGUCACGCAACAAAGAAAAAACUAAAUAUAUCUGCAAAAUAUUUUUAGAACGAGCCUAAAUUAACCAGUCGUAGGGGUUAAAUACAAAACUGGUUAAUAGCAACAACCUGCUUUUGGCAAGGACGCUUGGAACAUGGAGACUUUUGCGCAUAAUCGGCUCAAAUUACGUAUGAUACGUACGAAAGGUUGGCGUAUCGUGACUCAAAUAUGUACUACUGUAUAUUGCUAUUUUUGAUUAUUGUAUUUUUAUAGUCAUUAUUCUUGUAACAAGCUUACAGCAAAAUCACGUUUACUUUCAUAAAUGAUUUUGAAAUAGGAGAAAAUAAUAUGAGGCAGCGAAGAGUGCUGUCCCUUAGUGCAAGAGUGCUGUCCCUUAGUGCAAGAGUGCUGUCCCUUAGUGCAAUAGUGCUGUCAGAAUCUAUAGCUUGCACGGUGACGAUGCAACCAUACAACCAUACAAAUGUCUUUCAAGAGUUUGGAUUGUUGUGACUAUACGAAGUAUAUCACGGCCUAGAAUGUUAUAUCCUAGAUUAUUUUCGUCUAAUUGACAACAACGUCAACUAAAUCGACAGACUAUUUUUAUAAUAGGUAUAUAAUGUACUAACAGAUAUGCUUUGCCGUGCAUUUGUUCUUAGGUCUAUAACAAAUGAGAUGAACUGAUUGAAUUUAAAUACAAACUAACUGCACGAGCUAUCUGUGAUCUUCACGUACUCAACUCACGUAGUUCAGAAAAGGUUUCCUUGAUCAUAUUUCUACUUUUACAGAUUACACGGACUAUUAUUAAUAAAAGAGCAAAUGUCGUUAUAUGUCCUCAAACGCAACCUAUGAUAUGUUAUGUGCGUCUUGAGCGUGGAGGCCGUUCGCUCUUGGUAACUGUUUUCUACAAGUGUACAUCAUUAUCCUCUGACGAAGCGGUGUUUGUAAGAUAGAUUUUGUUAAAUUUUCAUUAAAACAUUCCAUUGUUUGUUGGUGAUAAUGUUUGUUGGAAUAAAUAAACCGAAAUAAAACCAGGAAAUCUCUGAAACCAA